GCCUGUGGGAGGGGAGCUAGCACGCCGCGUUUGACGUGUUCCCGCACACCAGCAGCACUUUUACCUUUAAUUAGUUAAAGUUACAACAUUUCAAAGUUUAAAUUAGAUAUUUUCUCACAGAAACGAAGACUAAACUCCAAGCUUCCGGGCUGACUGUCACUACUAUGGCCGGAAGCACCAACAAGACUGUGCGCGAUAUCUUUGAGAGCAUGGAGUCCGGACCAGCAGCUUCCUCCAGCACCGACACCGCUCAGGCCUGGCUGGAUCAUCACUCCCGUUCUUUGGGUCUGUUCAUCGAUGGACAGUUUGUCCGUCCAGACGGCCGACAGAGUCGCUCCCUGACUGACUCUAAAGGUGGGAACGUGUGCAGCACAGUGUGCGCUGUGGACGACGACGUCUCGCAGUGCGCCUCCUCUGCUGUUAACGGCUUCAAGGCGUGGAGCGGCCUCAGCUGCCACCAGAGGGCCAAAGUGCUGCUCAGAGGUGACCAGCACAUAGCCAAGAUGGGAUCUGGUCUUUACCAACAGUCCUUAUGA